UGUGUUUCUUCGCCAUCUUGCGGAAAGUGACAAGUGUGUGAGAUUGUGUGUAGCGGGAAUAUUGUUAUAAAGCAUUCAGCAUGAUUUUUAAUGCAUUCCAUUAACGCACCAAAUAUGUCAGUAAAACCAGGAUUACUCAUUAGUAUUUCAUUAUAAAUCACUUUUAAUACUUCGUUGUGGAAUGGCUGUAAUAUUUAACAUCAACAGAACCGUGGGUGCAUAUUGUUCGGCUAAUGUUCUUGUCGAUAUAUUGAAUUGUAUUCUGUCAAGUAUCAUGCAAUUUUAAACAGUGUUAUUGAGUGAUGCAACAAGGACGUAGGUGAAAUGUGGGGAAAUGCUACAUCAUUUAUUUGCAGUUUUGAUGUUUGUGAAAGGAAAGUGGAUAUGUCUGUCAUUUCCGUGAGCUCUGUGGAUCAAGUAUUAAUGAGAUCUGCUGCCUUCACUCAGAUAUCAGUUAGUGGUAUCAUCAGUUCAAGAUUCUCUGCAUGAAGAUUUUGUUCUGAACUUCAUGUCUUGUCUCAGCUGCCUUGUAACUGCAGUUAUCAGGAGAGGAUCUGUUAAUAAUAUAAAAAAAUGAACAACAACAAGCCAGAAGUGGUUCAGAUCGUGGAAACGAUAUUACCAACCAAUGAAGAUGAAUCAGAUACCUGUGUUGAAGAAAAUGUUAUUACUCCAAAGUGCAGAGAAGCUAUCAUAUUUCAGACACUUGAUGAGAAUGGUUUCAUUCAUACACAGCAUGGUUCUCUUGUUAUGGCAUCAGUUCCGCAGAUAAAACCAGAGAUCUCUGACAAAUGUUACCCUACAUAUGGUGUCGCAGUGGAUGCAAGAAACCAGUACUCUUCAACUACUAUUGUUGGAGCAGGAGAUGUUACUGAGCAAAAUGAUGAAAUGGAAGUGACAACAAUACAUGUUCUUGGCCUGGAUGAAGCCAGUGGUGACAUGAAAUUGGCAUAUGACAACACCCUCCAGGUGCCAAUGUCAAUGGAAACACUAGAGGUGCCUGUAGAAACUAUGAUGACUGAGAAUGAUGAGAUACAGUCAAUACACAUUGGAGAUUAUGCAACAGUUGUCAGUCCAGUAGACAGUGCAGUCCAUGAAAAUCAGUCUAUGGUGAUUUCCUCAGCAUACUCUCAACCGAACUGCUUUGUUACCGUCCAGGAAAAUGAAGUUUUGUCUCUCCCCUCUGGUUGGAACAAGUCUCAGUUACCAACUGUUACUAGAGUGGUAAAAGGUUCAAGAGGUUACAUACGAUUUGGGCGUAGUCGUAUGAUUGCAGACAAGCACACCAGUAUUCCUGUGGCAGAGUUCAAGGCACAGCUCAGUGAUACUUCUGACAUCAUCGGUAGGAUGGAUCUUGCUCCUGCUACUAAGAAAAUGAUGAACUACCUGAACACAAAGGGUUUUGUGAAACUGUUCUCAUCUCCAGGUAAGAAGAUGAAUUGUUCGGAACACAUACAUCUAUAUACAAGGCACCUGACCCUGAGGCAGGCCCCCGUAGAAGAGAUUUAUGAUGAUAUGGUGUUGCUUCCACUGGGUUAUCAGCGUGAGGUGGAUCCGACAAAAAUCAAGCGUAUCACACGCCGUAGAAGAUAUCCAGAAGCUGAAGAAUAUCAACGUAGGUUGAUCCAGGAACAAAUGCAGCAGACAUUUGACAAUUUAGUUGCUGAGAGCCAAAAGAACAUGGAGGCCGUCUUUUUGGAGAAUUCUGGCUCACUGAGAGAGGAAGAUCAGGGCAACUUGCAGGUCCUUGUUCAAGCUGUGGAGAAUGAUACACUGGAGCAUGAAGGAAGAGGCAGUCAUUCAGGGACUGAACCUAUGUCAUUAGAUCAGGAAGACUCCCGCAUAGAGGAACACCAUGAAAACCCAUCAGGUGAUAGUCUGUCAUCAGGAGACUGGCUUGGAACUGUCCAGCAGUUCAUCAUCAUUGUUCCUAGUGACCCACUUGUAGACACAAUCACUGAGACUGUGAUAACAUCAUGAAUCACCAUUUGUGGUGCAAGGUUGUUCUUAUGUCUGGUGAGGUGAAGGCUUAUGCCAUAUUGCAUGAAACAGUCUGACAGUAUGUGGUACCUAUGCGUAGGCACACUGUAACAGAAACGCAGUGGACCCAGCUGCUUAGAGGUAGAUCUGAAACAGACUGUAGAGCAGUGUUUCUCACACUUGAGAUAUUGCAGAUUGGUAUGUAUAUUUAAAUGGUGCUGUAGGUCAGUACUUUGUAUUUAUUAAUGAAUUGACCUUUAUUGCAUCACAAAAUAGCAAACUUUAAAACAAAAUAAUGAUACAGUAUCAAAAUAUUAUUUUAAAGUUACUUUGCACUUUCAGUUUUUCUGAUUUUGAGAGAGAGGGAGAGGUGUGAUGAUGGAGGACAGCUCUACUACUACUUGUUCCUUCCUGUUUUACUUCCCCCUUUGUGACUGUUGCUUGGGAUCAUGCCAGUUGAUGAUGUAAUACAAAUAAAUAAUUGUGUACAGUUGUAAUAGAAGUCAGUAUGUAUUAAUGAAACAGAGUACAAAUAAUGAGGUUGUAACAUACACAAUAAGCCUUUAUAACAGUGGCCACUGAUCUUGGUGGGGUUCUAACUUGUUUGUAGAGUUUACAGAUAAUAAGGCCAAGGCCAACCAUCUUUGAAGCGGUUGUACCACUCCUUCAUCCGUGAGUUGCUCAUGGCAUCAUCCCCGAAAGCCUGUUGAAUC